AAUAUUUAUCCGUCAUUGUUCUUAUAGACGGUAUGAAAUGUAUAAAUAUAGAUUGAGAUAAAUGUAUUCUGUGAGUUAGUUAUAGACAUGAACAAUUUAAAUAAUGAUAAUCUCAAUAUACUUGAUUUACCUGAUGAAAUUUUAUUUAUCAUUUUUAAGAAACUUAAUACAAUUGAUGUAUUCCAUUCACUAGUUGGUGUUAAUCAACAAUUUGAUCGAUUAUAGCACUUGAUCCUCUUAAUGUUCAUGAUCUGGAUAUGACUGAUAUUAUGACCAUUAAUUCGCUCUACGAUAAAAUUCCUUCAAUAGAUACGGAAACUCUUUCAAAAAUUUGUUCGAAAAUCUUACCUCGCAUUCAUCGUCAAGUACAUAAACUGACUGUUGAACAAUAUUCAAUGAAAGAUAUUCUUCGUGCUGCCAAUUAUUCUGAACUUUAUUCUUUAUCAUUAAUUAAUUUUCAAGCAAAAAUACUUUAUCAAUAUUUAAAAGGUGAUUUAGUUCUUCGUGAUCUUCUUACCAAACAAAUAACGCAUCUUAAUAUUGAUAUUAAAAGAACAACAAAACGUUUUUCCGUGACUGUUUCAAAGAUUUUUGAAUUAAUCGUAUCUUUAUGUAAAAAUUUAACUGUAUUGAAUUUUUGUGAUAUGUUUCGCACGCGAAUAUAUGAGACUCGCGUUUUUUAUCGAUCAUCAAAUUAUAUGUCGUCAACUUUAAUCAAAUUAAAAAUCCAUGUUCUCAGUUUUGUUGAUUGUCUUUAUCUUCUUGAUGGUCGUCUCGAUUCUUUAUCAACAUUAAUUAUUAAUGUGGAACAUAUUUUUGAUCCAAUAAUAGAGAGAGGUUCAAGGAAAAAGCUUCCAAAAUUGAAAUAUCUUUCAUUCACCACAGCUAAUGAUACAUGGGAUUAUGAUAAUCUAAUUGUUCCAUUACUUUGUCGCAUGAUAAAUCUCGAAGAAUUGAAAUUAUUUCUAUUAGUAACAAGAUUUAACUCGACCUAUAUUGAUGGUAUUCAAUUAUAUAAUCAAUUUCUUAUUUAUAUGACACAAUUAAAGAAAUUUACAUUUUGUAUCAACACAGAAGCCUACAACGAAGUUAAAGUUGAACUUCCAUCGAAUAAAGAUAUUCAACGUAGUUUCAUUGGAAGAGGAUAUCAACAAGUUACUUCAUAUAUUCAUACUUAUUCUAAGAUUACAAGCCGAUGUUUAAUCUAUUCACUUCCAUAUGAUUUCGAAGAUUUUGUUGCGAUCGACAAUUCUUUUCAAGGUGAAUAUUUUGGUGAAUUAUUUUCAUCGUCUGAAUGUAAACGUAUAAUGUCAACUGAAUUUUCGGAUUUAAAUCAAACAAAUUCAACAUUAUCUUAUAUUAUUGAUAUAUUACGUGGAAUUAAAUAA